ACAGUCGUCUCUCCGACACCACUAACUGAGUCCUGAGGCUGCCACAGUCGUCUCUCCGACACCACUAACUGAGUCCCGAGGCUGCCACAGUCGUCUCUCCGACACCACUAACUGAGUCCUGAGGCUGCCACAGUCGUCUCUCCGACACCACUAACUGAGUCCUGAGGCUGCCACAGUCGUCUCUCCGACACCACUAACUGAGUCCUGAGGCUGCCACAGUCGUCUCUCCGACACCACUAACUGAGUCCUGAGGCUGCCACAGUCGUCUCUCCGACACCACUAACUGAGUCCUGAGGCUGCCACAGUCGUCUCUCCGACACCACUAACUGAGUCCUGAGGCUGCCACAGUCGUCUCUCCGACACCACUAACUGAGUCCUGAGGCUGCCACAGUCGUCUCUCCGACACCACUAACUGAGUCCUGAGGCUGCCACAGUCGUCUCUCCGACACCACUAACUCAAGAAGUCGCUUCACCCACUAAAAGCCUUAGAGUGAUGACGUGCACACUCUUCAAUCUACUGUUGUUAUCCCUGGUGCUGGGAGUGCUAGGCCAGAGUCAGCCGAGUGGUCAGCCGCAGCCAACCUCUAACAUCACUGAUGUCAAACCUCCGGCUGAGAAUAUCACAGGAGCGCUUAAUGAGCUGAAAGGAAUUCUGACAAGAAUGGAGUCAAUACUGACCAACACUUCAGAGAACACCAGGAGGUUGGCGACCGCUGUCUUACAUAACUUCAACUGCACUGAAAAGAUUUGUUGCCCUUACCCUUACAGCAGAGUGGUAGAUGAGUGCUUCUAUGUGAGUUCUAUCUCACUUAACUGGCCUGAUGCUCGCCAGUAUUGUCAAGGUAUGACAGGUGACUUAGCCUCACCCAGGAACCUCUACGGCCUCAAGUCAUUCAUUAUCAGUACUGCAGGUUUGUAUGUUCUGUUGAUGAUGUGUAAUUUAUGUUUGGUCGUUGAUGUCUCUUGAAUAUUUAAGUUUGUGUUAUGUAUACAAAAUUAAUGUUCCUUGUCUUCUUGUCCUUGUCUUCUUGGAUGUGUAAAGAACUAAGGAGGUGAGAUGGACUGAAAUAUGAAUUGUGUGAAUAACCCAUUAAGAGAUCUUCAGCAAAUACAGUAAUGAAGAGAGACAAUUAUUUUUUGGGAGAACAUGAUAGUAUGUACAUGAGGAGACAUAUAGAAGUUCAUUAUGCUGGAUAUACUUGAGGUUUGUUAUAAGCUUUAUAUAAGAUGUGUCUUAAGUUAAGGUUCACACUUGGACUGUCUUAGAUCCGAUCUCCGAAUUCCACUUGAGUUCCAUCAAUACUGAGACGUGAUAGAGCUGCCAUGGAGUCUGGAGGUGCUGCUGCUAUCAUUUUCUUUUUGUAGUUACGUAGUAUUUUAUACCUGAUGGUCAAAUACCAGUUAAGAAUAUGACUUUUAUUUAUAAUCUUUGAAAUAUUCCUCGAAUCAUCUGGUAGUAAACAGCGGCACACUGCCACUUUUCUGCAUGGGAAACCCAAGAUUUUCUCAAUUUUUUUUAGUGUCAUAACCUCCAUAUAGUUCAAUAUAAAUGAUUAAUUGACAUAUGCUAGAAAAAAAAAUCACUUAGUAAAAUAAAUCAGUAACCCCAACACAAACAGAAAAAUCCAAUGUACUACCAUAGAAUCUUUUUCUGAAAAAUUAAUUUUUGAUUCGAAUACGAAAAGCACUAUUCCCCUCCAUCAUUCGUUUGUUUUAGUUUAGUCAUGACAAAUGAGGUGAAUCACCUCCUGGUAUGGCCGACAAUAACGGAUUCUUUGGUUUUGUGUUCCAGUCAUUAUACUUAGUUUGGUAAG